UUUUUAUUAUUAAGUUAUUUUCUGCAAGAAUCUCUUUCUAAUCUUCCCACCUUACAGGCUCAAAUCAAAUCUACACUUUCCUCUAAUAAAACAAAAAACACAAACCCAGUUACACAAAUUUCUCCAUCAUCAAAAACAUAUCUCUUUGUUUUGUUCCAAACACAGUACAACGUUUCUGUGUCUUUUUUCCUGUCACUAAAAAAACAAAACUUUAGCACUUGAUGGAAUCUUCAAUACCUUUUUUUGUGUCUUCAGUCAAAUCUAGUCACAUUUGAUUAUAAAGUUUCAAUCUUUUUUCUGUUUUCAUUGUUUUCUCUCUGACCCUUUAACAUGGGAAGAACAAGUUUUGUGCCAUUUCAAGGUGACAACACCUUUAUGCCACCAUUAGCACAACCACCAAAUUCUUUUCAUUUUGAUUCCAACCUAAUUCCACCAUUUUCACCCAUCAUAGUUUCUAGUCUUCGAUCUGAUGAUUUUGGUUUUAACGAUAGUGGUACCUUAAAGGUUAGUCCAAGUAUUAUUCUAAUCAUUAUCAUUUUAGCUAUUGUUUUCUUCAUUUCUGGUUUGCUUCAUCUCUUGGUUAGAUUUCUAUAUAGACCUGAGAGUAGAAACCCUGAUGAAUUGGAUGAUGUUACUGUUCUUCAAGGUCAAUUGCAACAGCUUUUUCAUCUUCAUGAUUCUGGUGUUGACCAAUCUUUCAUUGAUACACUUCCUGUGUUUCUUUACAAAACUAUUAUUGGAUUGAAAGUUAACCCUUUUGAUUGUGCUGUUUGUUUAUGUGAAUUUGAACUUGAAGAUAAGCUUAGAUUGUUGCCAAAAUGUAGUCAUGCUUUUCAUAUGGAGUGUAUUGAUACAUGGCUUUUGUCUCACUCUACUUGUCCUCUUUGUAGAGCUAAUUUGCUUCAUGAUUUCAACACUAGUAAUAAUCGUUCACCUUUAGUUCUUGUUCUUGAAUCUGGUAGUGAUAGUUCAAGGGAAAUUGAUCAAGAAAGAGAGGCUGAAAUUGCUACAGCUAGUGUUGUUGGUAGGACUGGUUCUGUUAUGUCAACAAAUUCUUAUCUUGGUACAGUUCACGGAGAUGGUGAAUUCGGAAAUGAUUCGGCUUUGGUUGAAAACAUUCCUGAUCCAAAUGCUGAAGUUGGUUGUGAUGGUGUGCAGAAAGUGGUUACUGUUAAGCUUGGAAAGUAUAGGAAUGUUGAUGGUGGAGGGGAAGGAAGUAGCAGCAACAAUGUGGAUGAUAGGAGGUGUUUUUCAAUGGGAUCAUUUGCUUAUAUUUUGGAUGAAACUUCAUCAUUGCAGGUACCAAUUAGAACUCCAAUGAAACAACAAUUGAAUAAGAAGAAGAAGAAGAAGAAUGUUUUGCCUUUGAUUCCAGGACAUAAACAAGCAAUGUCAGAAUGUGACUGUGAAUCUAGAAGAGAUUUCAAAUUUACAAGCUUUGAUUCGGUUAGAACUGAGGAUGCUGUUGUUAAAGGUAAUACUAGUGAGCCUGCUGCUAUUGAUAAUAGGAGUAGAAAAGAGAGUUUCUCUAUAUCAAAGAUUUGGCUUAGAGGGAAAAAAGAUAAGAGAAAUGGUGAUGUAGCUGAUUCAUCUAGAAGGGCUUUUUCAUUUAGGUUUCCAUUACAAAGUAAUGUCGGUGAAGAUUUGAAGGGUAAGAAUGGUAGGUUUCAUACAAGGAGUACUGUUUCUGAGAUGGAUUUUGGGAAAUGGGAAAAUGGAGUAGCAAGUGAAUUUAGUGGUUAUGAUGAAGAAAAUCAAAGCUGUUAUAGUAUGGAUUCUUCUCAACCUAGAGCACCUUCUUUUGCUAGAAGAACUUUGCUUUGGCUCACUGGAAGACAGAAUAAGGUUGUUCAUUCAUCAUCUGCUUCUACCACCCUUUAGUUUUUCUCUCUUUUUUACUUUUGAACUAUAUUCCUUUUAACUUACAAUUCUAGGAUAUAUAUUUUUAGUGGCAGAAAGGUGCAGAGAGGAAAAAAUUAUAUGAUUUAUGGGAUUUGAAUACAUUAUUUCUGCAUGAAUUUUGUUGCUGUUACAUUGAUGAAUAUGAGUCCACCUCAGUGAAGGUGGAAAAUUGUUUAGA